ACAAGCUAAGUUAUUAGAAUCGAAUAUGAUUUAUGUUUUAACUUCCGCUUUUAACAAUAUGGCCGCCAGUUGUUUAGGGUAAUGUGGCGUUCGACAAAACUGAGUGAAAUUAUUAAAAUAUUUAUUAGUGACGUAAAGAUGUAUAAAGUUUUCAGCGUUUUAUAGCAGUGUUUGAUGACAGAGACGGUCAUUUGAAUGUUUUUAGUUCGUGUAUGAAAUUUUGAACGCAUCUAGAUCGUCUUCUAAAUUGAACAGUCAACAAACUUUUGUUUAUUUCAUUAGAGUGGAUUUAUUUGUUUCUGCCGAGAAUACUCGAUUAUGAACCAUCCAUACGUGUCUUGAAAUAGUGGAACAAGGACUGACGUCGACACAUUAGGUUAUGGCAAACUUGAAUUUCCAGCAAGCCCCUAGAAGCCUAGCUAGUGGCGGCGUGGGCGGUGUGGGUGGCGUGGGAGGGCGCGGUCUGGUCUCAGGGGUGUCCGGUCAUGUGACGCCGACGUUCGGCGGCGCGCUAUCGCCGGGCCGCAACUCCACGGCGAUGCCCGGCGGCGCCCCGCCGUCAAUGGCGUCGCGCUCCACGCUCUUCGGCCAGCGGGCCUUCGCCGACCGCCGGGUGCCGAUGCCGACGACGCUGUCGCAACCUAAUUCCAAUUCCAUGGUGAGUUUGAAGUAUAUUGGCAAACUGCCAAAGCUGGAGGAAGUUACACGUUAAAGAU